AUGCGCUUUCGGGACACCUCCUUCCACCAGCAGGUGCAGAAGGUUUCAGAUUUGGAGCAAGAUGUGCCGGUACUGCACGAGCAGAUCGCCGCCAUGAAGGAGCAGCUCCGCAUCUUGGAGACGGCUUGGCAUCCUCACAUCGAGGAGAUCCAGUCGUCGCACUUGAAGCACGUGGAGGUGCCUGUGGGAUGGAACGUCUGGCGUCUGGGUGUGGGCGGGAACCACCAUGCUCUACGCCAGCACUUGGAGGAUGAAAAGGCCACGCGAGACCACACCAUCCAGGACCUGCACGCUAAGCUGUCGCAGCAUGGUGAGCAGCACUCCUCUGUGCAGGACCGCGUUGACUACCUCGAAAGGCUGAUGGGUGGCUCAGUCGACCGGCACGCCAAGGCCGGCCACAUGCCGUUUACGGACCGCAUGGAGUACCUGGAGCAGUUCAUGGGCGACUCCUUAGGGAAGCACGAGAAGGUCCUCAACGGUUACAAGAGUGGCAUCCGCGCAAACGACGGGUUCAAGACGGUGGAGCUGGCCGCUACCUUGGGCGACCACGCAGACAAGCACGGCAAGGCACUGGCCGAGCUCCAGGCCAAGAUGACGAGCGACACCAAGUCGAGCCAUGCAUCGCUGGCCGAGCGGCUGAAGUACAUUGAGCAGUUGCUCGGUGACUCCGUGAGCAAGCAUGGCCAGGAGCUGGCGGAUGCCAAGGCCAAGCUCGACGAAAUGCACGUGCGCGUCACGGGCUGCGAGGCCCAUGGGGACUCCUUAAAGAAGGACCACCACGGCAGCCAGGUGCGGCUCGAGGAGCACCAUGCCACACUGGCCCAGCGCCUGGACUUCCUGGAGAAGGCCAUGGGCGACUCCUUUGAGAAGCACGCGAAGGCCCACGGCGCGUCCCUGGACACCCUGAAGAAGGCCCACAGCAGCCUCCAAAGCUUGAUCCUCAGCAGGGCACAGACCCACGGAGAGCACAUCGACACGCUGAAGAAGGCCCACAACGCCCUCACCGGCAGCAAGGCUCAGCAGGACGUCACCCACGCCUCGCUGAGGGAGCGUGUGGACUUCCUGGAGGCUUCACUUGGGGACAAUGCCGACAAGCAUGGCAAGGCCCUGGCGGAGCUCAAAGCCUCGCACGCCAAGAUGCUGAGCGGCAAGGUAGAGCCCCUGAUAGGAGCCAAGGGGCACAUGAACCGUCAAAGAGGAGUCAAGCCACGCCUCGUGCGCCCGGCACGCGUUGAGGGUAGACUCUCCGAGCGGCUCCAGUACAUCGAGCAAACGCUGGGCGACUCCUUGACCAAGCACGCGCAGGAGCUGUCAGAUGCCCGAGCUAAGCUGGGCGAGAUGCAUACACGGGUGUCCCAGUGCGAGGUGCACGGAGAGCACAUCGACUCGCUGAAGAAAGCUCACACCGCCCUGGCUGGCAACAAGGUGAAGCUGGAGGAGAAGCUGGAGGAGCAUCAUGCCACGCUGGCCGAGCGCGUGAACGCCCUGGAGAAGGAGCUGGCCUCAACUGGGGCGAAGGUGGAUGCUGCGCACAGCCGGGUUUCCGACGAGCGCGCCGCGCGCGAGGCGCAUGGGGCAUCCUUGGACACGCUGCAAAAGAGCCACAACAGCCUGCAAAGCCAGAAAGCGCAGCAGGAUGCUUUCCAUGCCUCGCUGAGGGAGCGCGUGGAGUUCCUGGAGUCCUCCCUCGGGGACAACGCGGACAAGCACGGGAAGGCCUUGGCUGAGCUGCGCGCCUCUCACGCGAAGAUGGUGACCGACGCGAAGACCAAGGAGACGGCUCACUCCUCGCUGACCGAGCGGCUCCAGUACGUUGAGCAGCUGCUGGGCGACUCUGCCACCAAACAUGCUCAGGAGCUGGCUGAUGCCAGGGUGAAGCUGGACGAGAUGCACGGGCGAGUGUCCAAGUGCGAGGCGCAGGGAGAGCACAUCGACUCGCUGAAGAAGGCUAAUGCCACGAUAGCCGGCAACAAGGCCGCCCUUGAGGAGCACCACGCCUCACUGGCGGAACGCGUGGGCUUCCUGGAGAAGGCCUUGGGCGACUCUGCCGACCGACAUAGCGCCGAGCUGGCCACCACCAGAAGUAAGGUGGAAUCACUCCACAGCCGACUGGGCGUGGAACAGCAGGAGCAGAGCCACACCCGGGCGAAGCACUACUCUCUCGAGGACCGGCUGAACUUCCUGGAGACGUACCUUGGGGAGUCCAAGGAGAAGCACGCCGGGCCCGCAGAUGUGUGCUCAAAGAGGAAGCUCGAGGAACUGCGCAACCAGGUCCUGGCGGAGCGCUCGACGCGCACGCGCCAGGGCGAAGCCAUCAGUGAGCACCUGGAGAGCGAGAAGAGGGCUCGAGAGGCAUUGGAAGAGGCCGUGGCUCACCACAUGGCCAACCACAAGCAGACGAUGGAGUCUCACGAGAAGCGGGUCCAAGACCAGUUUGGCCACGAGCGGGUGGCGCGUGAGCGCCACGCAGAGCACGUGGAGGCCCUGGUGAAACAGGAGAAGGACGCCCGGGGCCAACACCACGAGAUCCACACAGACUUGAUCAGCAAAGAGAGGGCCGCCAGGCAACAGAUUGAGGAGCUUCUUCAGAAGGAAAGCCAUGAGCGCAGCCGCCACCACGAGACGAUUGGGGAACGGGUGGACUCCUUGCAGCGCACGGUGGGCAUCUUCGAUACGCUGAUGCGCAAGGCUGGGCCACAGAUCUGCGCCUCCACCGUUAGACCUUAUCCAGUGAGACCCCUUGGCCAGUGCCUUCUGUCUGGGUUCUAG